CUUUCAACUCUUACCUUCCGUUGCUGCUUCCUCACACACGCACCCCCUUUUCCUCACUCUGUUUUUUUAACUUCAUCCCUUCCUUUUUUUACUUUGCUUUUUCCUCCUCGAUUUCAUCCUCCUUCGCGUUUAUUGAUGGAAUUUUCCAUUGAUUUUUGAUGAAUUUGUUCGUCGCUGAGUGAAUUACUGGAUAUAUUACUUUGAAUUGGGGAACUUUUCGAUCCGGAGACGGGUGGUUAGGUUUUGGAGAAGGUUUGGAAUCACCUGCUUUUAGUUGGUGUCAUGGCCGCCGAGAAUCGGCACUCUGCCCUCACUGCUCAUUUAGAUAUCCCACAGAUACUUCUCGAAGCACAACAUCGCUGGCUGAGGCCUGCUGAGAUUUGUGAAAUUCUUCAGAAUUACAAGAAAUUUCGUAUUGCACCAGAGGCUCCCAAUAGACCCCCAAAUGGUUCUCUCUUUCUUUUUGACCGGAAGGUGCUGAGGUAUUUCCGAAAAGAUGGUCAUAACUGGAGGAAGAAGAAUGAUGGGAAAACAGUGAAGGAGGCUCAUGAAAGGCUCAAGGCUGGACGUGUCGAUGUACUUCAUUGCUAUUACGCUCAUGGGGAAGACAACCAAAAUUUCCAAAGGCGUAGCUACUGGAUGCUUGAAGAGGAAAUGUCUCACAUAGUUCUUGUCCACUACCGGGAGGUAAAGGGGAACAGGACAAGUUACAGUCGCACUAGCGAAGCUGAUAGUGUUCCUGCUAGUGGGCAAAGUGAUGAUGUAUCUACUUCUGAGGUGGACAGCUCAGCAGCUUUUAGGUUCCAAUCAUAUGAUUAUCAAAGAACAGCACCAAUCACAGAUACAACGAGCCUUAACCGUACUCUGGUGUCUGAUCUUGAAGAUGCUGAAUCAGCAUACACAGACCAAGCAAGUUCUAGAUUCCAAACUAUUCUUGAUUUGCAAUCUCCUAUAGUAUCAACAACGGAUGCUGGUUCUGUUCCUCGCCACCCAAUUCCUGUAUCAACCAACUACCAGGGACGCUCAUCAGCUAUUCCUGGUAUGAGUUUAGGACCCAUCACACAAGGAGAAGAAAACAGAACUAGCAUGGAUAAUGGAUUGACAUGUAAUUUUCAGCAAGACAUAGGAUUCUCAUCUUGGGGUGUCGCUGAAAGCAGCAGCACUAGUUAUCAAUCUGUAGAUUUUCAGCUAUCACUUCCUUGUACCCAAUCAAGCGCAAUGAGCAUGAUACCUGGACAAGAUAAUGAACUCCUUGAUGAUGUUUUCACUGAUGAAUUCAUGAAAAAGCAGGAGUUCAGGAACCAUUCUGAUAGCAUGGGUAAUUGGCAGCCUACAGGAGGUGGAUCACUGUGCAUGUCAGAUUGGUCUGUUGACCAGAAGCCAGAUGGUAACCUCCUCAGUAUAGGGCAGAACCCCAAUCAACCACCUAUGCAACAGCCUCUGUUGUAUGAUCUUACUACAAAACUGAAUGAUGCUAACGAAGUGGAACUGUCUGACUCAAUAGCACUCCAUAAUAUGUACCUUACUGAUCAACGUAGACAACAUUUGGAAAAUGAUCUUCAAAAUCAAGCUUUGAAUUCUGGCAGAAGUUCUCUUAAAUUAGAACCUGGUGGAAACUUAAAUGCAGGGGACAAAGCCGAUUAUCCGUCUCUAAGACAACCUUUACUAGAUGGUGUUAUGCGGGAAGGUUUGAAAAAGCUAGACAGCUUUGAUCGUUGGAUUAGUAAAGAACUUGAUGAUGUCACUGAAUCAAGUAUGCAGCCAGGUUCUGGGGUUUACUGGGAAACUGUUGGUGGUGGUGGAGAUGAUUCUGGUAUCUCCACUCAAGUGCCAUCGGACAACUAUGUUCUCGGCCCUUCUCUUUCUAAAGACCAGCUCUUUAGCAUUAUUGACUUCUCGCCAAAUUGGACGUAUUCUGGUUCAGAAAUUAAGGUGCAUGUUAUGGGGAGAUUCCUGAGAGAUCGAGAGGUGGAGAAUUAUAAAUGGGCUUGCAUGUUUGGUGAACUUGAAGUUCUCGCAGAGAUCGUAGGAGAUGGUGUUCUUCGAUGCAUUACACCUUUACAUGAACCUGGAAGGGUCCCCUUCUAUAUCACAUGCUGUAAUAGGUUAGCAUGCAGUGAAGUGCGAGAAUUUGAAUUCCGGGCUAGUUUUUUUGAAGAUGUGAACUCUGAUGAAACUCGCCUUUAUAUGAGAUUUGGAAAGAUACUCUCUCUUGGAUCAGACACUCCACCUAUCUCUCUCCAGAGCAUUGAUGAUGAUACUUCUCAGUUAUUUAGUAAAAUCAGUGCCUUGCUGAAUGACGACACUGAGUGGGAACAAAUGUCGAGCUUUUCUGAAAAUGAUGAAUUCUCAUCUGAUAACGUAAAGAAUCAGCUACUAGAAAAGCUUUUAAAGGAGAAGUUGCAUAAUUGGCUGAUCCAAAAGAUUGCUGAAGGUGGGAAAGGGCCUAAUGUACUAGAUGUGGAAGGCCUAGGUGUACUGCAUUUUGCGGCUGCUCUAGGUUAUGACUGGGCUAUACCACCCACAGUAGCUGCUGGAGUCAGUGUUAAUUUCCGUGAUGUAAAUGGAUGGACUGCACUUCACUGGGCAGCAUAUUAUGGCAGAGAGCAUACAGUGGCCUUCCUCUUGUCCUUUGGUGCGUCACCUGGGGCAUUGACAGACCCAACUCCUAUACAUCCUUCAGGAGAAACUCCUGCAGACCUUGCAGCUAGCAAUGGACACAAAGGUAUUGCUGGUUAUCUUGCCGAAUCUUCAUUGAGCUCCCAUCUAUCAUCACUGGACUUGAAAGAUUCUGAGCAGAGUGAUCGUAGAGAGAAGGUAGUAGAAACAGUUUCAGAGAGGAUUGCAACUCCAGUGGGUGCUGAUGAUUUGCCCCAUGGACUCUCACUGAAGGACUCUUUGGCUGCUGUACGUAAUGCAACUCAAGCUGCAGCUCGCAUUCAUCAAGUUUUUAGAGUACAGUCAUUUCAAAGAAAACAGUUGAAGGAGUGUGGCGAUAGUGAGUACGGAAUAUCAGAUGGACGUGCCCUUUCUCUUGCUCUGGAAAGCAAGAAGUCAGGAAAACGUGAUGAACCAGUUCAUUCCGCUGCAGCUCAUAUACAAAAUAAAUUCCGCUGUUGGAAAGGCAGGAAAGAGUUUCUGCUAAUUAGGCAGCAGAUAAUCAAAAUUCAGGCUCAUGUGAGAGGACACCAGGUGAGAAAGAACUAUAAAAAGAUAAUCUGGUCAGUUGGAAUCUUAGACAAGGUUAUUUUGCGGUGGCGACGGAAAGGAAGAGGAUUGAGUGGAUUCAAGUCUGAAGCAAGUGUUGUUGCAAGCAGUAGCAUGAUUGAAGCAGAAACAAAAGAAGAUGACUAUGAUUUCCUGAAAGCGGGUCGGAAACAGACAGAGGAGAGACUUCAAAAGGCCCUUGCUAGGGUGAAAUCAAUGGUUCAAUACCCAGAAGCCCGGGACCAGUAUCGCAGGUUGCUUAAUGUUGUCUCAGAAAUGCAGGAAAAAAAGGCUGCACAAGAACGGAUGUUGAACAAUCCGGAAAUCGAUUUUGAUGAAGAUUUGAUUGAUUUUGAAGCUUUGCUGGAAGACGAUAUUUUCAUGCCGAUAGAAUAACGCGAAUAUUCCUGUAAAAUCAGUGUGUGAUUAGGCUGCACGGGUUUCACUUGUAAAUUUGACAUACUAAUUGAUUUAAUCGUAGAGUUUGUCAAGAGAGAAUUGAUAAUAGGGUGGGGUUCGUAUUAGUGUGAAGUAGCUUGGGUCAUGUAUUGUGCAAUUAGUAGUCCUAUUUCAACUUUCGAAUUGGUAUAGUUUUUUUUUUUAACUAUUGACCAUGUCCAUGAAA